CCGACUACUUCAAAUAACUUUGGUUUCUGCCAACACAGCAAUUCUGACUCAAUACCCCUGUCCUAUUGCCUCACCAACCUCGAUGCUUCACAAGUUAUCGCCGAUCAGCAGGCCGCUCUUGAUGUAUAUCGCCGACAAGGACGAAUUUUUAAGAAGUUGGACCCCAAAUUCGGCAUGGAUUUUACCCCGACUAACUUUAUGAAGGAACAGCGAAGACAGAAUGUCCAAUCAGUUGGCUUCAGCCAGCCCCAGCUUCCUUAUGGUCAUAACCUUUGCAGAGAGGUUGUAAGGGAUGAUGAGGAGGUUAAGAACGAUAAACCAACCACUUGUCUCAUUAUGGAGGAGAAUAUCAAGCUUUAUGCCAGGCUUGGCACCGGAUCGUUUGGAAUUGUCCUUAGAGGAGACUGGAUUACGCCGCAAGGUAAAAAAGUGAGUUAUCUAAGUAAAUGA